AUGAGUUUUCGAGUUGCACCUUCCUUAUCUUCUCUGUGCCAAACAAGAGAAGAAAUGACUAAACUUUUAAGGACUCAAAGAAGAAAAGAGAUAUUACUAAAUCAAAGAAAUAAUAUCAAUAUUCUCCAAGAAAGUAUUCAAGGACUAUUAUUAAAAAUACAAAAAGGAAUUGAUGUAGAUGAAAAUUUAAAGAAGUUGAGAGCAACCAUAAUGAAGAGUAAAAGAAAUUGGAACAAUGAAUUUAUAGAUAAUAAUGGGAUUCAAAUUGUAUUAAUAAUAUUACAAAAUAAACAAAGUUCCAGCCAAGCUCUUGAAAUUAUAUUAUGGACACUUACUGCUAUAAGUUCUUUCGAAAAAUUCGAUUCACAAAUUAUCUUUAGUUAUAAUAUUUUUUCAAUAAUUAAUCCAUUUAUUACCAGAUUUGAUAAUGAAAUUCGUCUAACAGCAUUAUGGCUUUUGGCUAACUUACUUGGAUUAGCUCCCUCAUUGUCUGUGGUUCAAGUACAAGACCUUCUCUCUUCUUUGUGUUCUUGUAUUCAGUUAUAUCACCAAUCUCCUUCUACUGUUGAUAGUUGUGCCACUUGUUUUAAAAGAAUUAUAGAACAUUCUAUUUAUCCUUAUGAAUACUUUCACCAAAUAAUUACAUUAUUCCUGAAUACUCGACCAUUGUCAAAUACCUUUGUUGAUUGUUUGUCAUUACUAAUUACACAAAAACCUUAUUGCAAACCAUUAUUAUCUAAAUCACAACUAUUACCUACAGUUACAUAUUUUCUCUUUACUAAAAACAAUUUUUUGUUUCGUUCUAUUCUAAACUUCUUUACGGAAUUAUCAAUGCUCAAUGAAAAUUUGGGAAAGACAUGUAUUUCUAAAGAGAUUGUUCAUAAAAUGGUUAUAUUACUUAAGGAAUUAUUAAAUGGACCACAACAUAAUGAAAAUGAUAUUUCACAACUUUUAAUUAUUUUUGGGAAUUUGACAGUAUUUUAUUUAGAUUUCCAUACAGAGUUAGUUGAAAUAAUCCAAACUAUUAUUGCAAAUAGUCAUUAUUUUACAAUAAAAGAAUUACAAUCACUAAUAUUUUUCCUGAAUAAUCUAGUGCUUCAUGCUAAUGAACAAUUUAAAUUAACAUUAUGUUGCCUUCCAAUAUUUGAGUUGUAUGGAAUCUUUUUGCUUCAACUCUUUUGUUCAAAUGAUUUUCUUAUUCAAACAUUAACUAGAAUAAAAGAAUUACUAAUAGUGUGUAUGUUCAAAGGAUUUGAUAUUUUGAAGUUGUUAAGUGAAUCAGCUUUAGAAGCAGGUAUUUGUAAAUUAGAGUAUCAUUUUUGUAAACAAGUUUCCCAAGUAGCAGUAUCAAUAGAAGAGUUGUUUAUCCAAACAACAACACAACAUGAUUGGAUGGAUUUAGAUUAG